AUUAAUACUUUGGUGUGUACGUCAGCUAGCUUGCUUGCUUGCUAGCACUUUCCACGCUCUGGCUGUUUUUCUCUAACAUUUCAUCAUUCUAUCUGAGAAAUACUUCUUCUCAUGUGUGAGUUGAAGUGAAAUUUAGUGCUAUUCCGGACCUUAUAUAUUCAGUUUGGAUCGUUUUUAUAUUAGCUUUGCUACAGGAGUUAGUUUAGCUGGCUAACAAGCUAGCUAGAGUAAAGAGACGCAGUGUAAAUGGGGAACAGCGCUCUCAAAGCUCACCUGGAGACCUCAGAGAAAACUGGCGUGUUUCAGUUAACGGGCAAAAACCUGCAGGAGUUUCCAGAGGAGUUACAGCGGCUCACUGGGAAUCUGCGCACUGUCGACUUGUCCAACAACAAAAUCGAGACACUGCCUGCAUUUAUAGGAAACUUCCAGCAGCUGAAGAGUCUGAGCAUCAGCAACAACCGCCUGGCCAGUCUCCCUGCUGAGAUGGGGAAGCUGAGGAAGUUGGAGACGUUGGUGUUGAACGGUAAUCAGCUCUCUCAGCUCCCCGCCUCGUUCUCUCAGCUCAAAGCCCUGCGCACUCUCAACCUCUCGGCCAAUCAGUUCAGACAAUUUCCCUGCAGCCUCGGCUCUCUGCGUCAGCUCGACGUCCUCGACCUGUCCAAGAACCACAUCCAGAAUGUUCCUGCCGAGGUGUCGGAGCUGCAGGCCAUCGAGAUCAACCUUAAUCAGAACCAGAUUUCCAUUUUGUCUCCUGAUGUUUCUCGGUGUCCAAGACUGAAGGUGCUCAGGCUGGAGGAGAACUGUCUGGAGCUGUCCUCCAUUCCCUCCUCCAUCCUCACACACUCCAGUGUAUCUCUGCUCUCCGUCGAGGGAAACCUGUUUGAGGUCAAGAAGCUGCGUGACCUCGAGGGAUACGAUCAGUACAUGGAGCGCUUCACUGCGACGAAAAAGAAAUUUGCAUGAAAGACAAAAAUAACUAAAAGCAACCUGGUAACUGGGGACAUGACAAUAACAACAGAAAAAAAAACAUUUCAGUGAAGGUUCAAACUCAAGCACUGCGUUUCUGGUGUACGGAAAAAGUCAGUGAGGAAUAAUGAAGAAAAAAAAGGAUGUCUGGAAGUGAAUCUGAAGGAGUGAUAAUGAUUAUAACAGAUUGUGUGUAAAGACUGUAAUGCACAACGAGCAAAAUCCUAACAGCCUCAGGCCUGUUAAUUCGUUUUAUGUUAAAGUUAAUUUAAUUUAUGAUAAUCUACAGAACUCUAUGACUAAUACCCCUCUCUCACUUUCUGUCUCUUUCUGUCUACAUCUAUGUCUCUUUCUGUGUUUAUUGGUUUAUACAGUUACUUGAAAAACUUAAAGCUACUGUAGUCACACCCAGUCCCUGAAACGUUUAUUGAAUAAGAGCCAUUUUACUGACUGUUACCUUUAACAUAGACCUCUUAUCAAUGUCUUAUUAACAUUUUAUUAACAUCUUAUUAAUACUAACACCUUAAAACACCUUUAUUGCAUGCGUGUUCACGCUUCACAGUUCAUGGUCUGGAACAAGCUGUGUCUCAACACUCAACUAUACAAAAUAUGCAAAAAACAUACACUGCAAAAAUAUAUGUAUAUUGGUUCCCUGUCCUGUGUCCUGCUUAAACCUUUUUAUUAUUAUUUUUGCAUGGUAAAGGAGGACAAGCCGUAAUGCUGUGGACAUGACGGUGAUCUUGAUGUGAAAAUGAAAUAUUAGCACAGGCCUGAACUACAUUGUGCACUGUUUAAAUUUGUCAUAUUUAAUAUAAUAUAAUAAAUACAAAUGUAAAUAUAAUAAUAAAUACAAAUAUAAAUCUUAA